AGAAGAUCCUUGUUACGACGGUUGGAUAUAUCAAUAUGGCAAUGAUAAUGUUGAAAAGAGUGCUGAAAUUAGUAAUUUUGGAAGAUGGCCAUUUAUUCGGUGUAGAAGAGAACCGAGAUAA